AUGUUGGAUCCUGACGACCACGACGACCAGCGACAGGCGCUGAUCGAUGAGCACAAGGGCGUAGACACGAGAAGCAGCCCUUCCUUCCCUCCUCCUCCCUCUGCUGCCGAACUCGCUCGCUCUGCAAUCAAGGUUGGUGGAGCUUCGAACCUUGCAAAGCAUGUCUUGUCUGCAGCUGGAGGAGGCGAAGGCAGCGACAACGUAUGCGACGACUGCUACUUCAUCCUCCGCGACUCGGCGGGAGGGAAGGAGGCGACGUCUGUGGAUGCGAGGGAGCGUCUGCUUGAGAUGCUUCCUCCGCAUUGGCGCGACAGCUUGUGGCCACUGCUAGACGCCAGCAGCAAGACUUUCCUUCCUCGUUUCCUUGAGACCUCCCGACUCGUCAUCACCUUGGCAGCUGCAGGACACAAGAGUUCCUCUGCUCUCUGUGCCGUCGCUCUAUCCCGCAGCAUCAUGAGCAUGAGCCAACAGCCCCUAGCCUCUGCUCUCCUCGCUCCUCUCGAUCAGCGCAUCUGCCGUGCCCUCUCGUCGCCAACCAGGGUGAAGGAGGCGGGGCUGUGGGUCCAGCGAGGAGCAGUGCUCUGCGUAGUCUCCUCCUUCUUCCUCGCGCUGGUGUGGCAGGCGGCGUAUCCCUUGUGGGAGCUGCUGGGGGUGGAGGACGCGAUGGUGGAGGAUGCGAUGACGUUUCUGCGCAUCUCGAUCCUUGGAGUGACGCAGGAGCUGUUGCUUCAGCUCGCGUCGCUGUGGAUGCUUGCUCAAGGCUACUCCCUUCCCGUCUACACUGGAGCGCUCCUCUCCCUGCCCGUACACCUCCUCCUCAACCUCAUCCUCGUCUACGGAUGGGCUGGAGGCGUCGCAGGGGCAGCGAGCGCGAGCGUGGCGUCACGCACAGUGGAGCUGCUGUACGUGUGCGGGCAUGUACUGGUGCUGCGACUGCAUGAUCGCUCCUUCGGGGCGCUGACGAUGGAUGCCUUCCUUCCUCACCCCCUGCUCAUCCUCUCGCUCAAGGCGCUUCCUCUCGCUCUCUCAGGGAUGUUUCUCGCCUUCGUGUCGCAGGUCCCGCUGCUGCUGGCGGCCACCUUAGGGUCUCAGGCUCUCAUUCUCUUCAUCUGCCUCGACUACCUCGCCAUGAUGUUCUAUCAAGCUCCUUUCGCUCUUGCCGACGCCGCCCUCCUCCUCAUCUCCUCCUCCCUCCGCAGGGGGGACGGGCGAGCGGCCAAGGGGACGGGCUGGCUGACGAUCUUCAUGUGUCUGGGGUGGGGAGUUAUCGCAUCGCUGUCGCUGCUGUUCAUCGGAGGAGUUCUCUCCCUCUUCUUCUCCCAUGACGACCUCAUCGUCGCCUCCACAGCUCACCUCCUCCCUCUUGCUGCUCUCUGGCAGACCUGGUGUGGACUAGGAGCCGCUUGCUUCUCGGUGCUGGAGGCGUCAGGCUCGAGAAGAUUCACAUUGAUGUUGCGACUUGCAGCAGCGUUCGUCAUCACCAUCCCUGUGAGCAUGAUCAUGAUCUACUUCGCCGAUGUGGCUGUCCUCGGGCUCUUCUGGUCCAUGACGGUUGGACAGGCCAUCGCUGCUUGUCGAGCAUUCUACCGCAUCAAGGGGAUGGACUGGGCAGUCGUGGCUUCUCGGUUUCGUAUGAAGUCCGUCCGUCUGCUCCGAAGUUUCUCGGAUGAGGCGGAAGAGGAGGGAGGCAGCGGCUGGUUCGACAUGGGGGGUGUGGAGGAUGACGAGGGGAUGCUCGCACCGGCAACGCCGAGGUUCUCUGUCUUCGCGGAUGAGGAGGAGGAGGAGGAGGAGGAGGAGGAGGAUGGACAUCUGCUGCAAGGAAUUCACAAGCAACUGGGCCGGGAGAACGGGAGGAAGGAGGAGAGACAGGAGGAUCUUGUCGGCUUUGACGAAGAGAGCGACUGGUCAUCUGCGCCAGGGGACGCGAGGCUGGGGGUAGGAGAGAAGGCGAAGGGGACGGGGAGCAAGCGGGAUGAAGCGAUUGAGCUCGUGCUGACGGGGGGGGACGAGCAAAGGGCGGGAGAGCAGCUUGAUCCCUCCUUGUUGGAUGUUGAGGAAGGGUCGCUGUUGGAAGGGUACCAGCCGCUGAACAUGAUGGAGGGAGAGGAGGAGAGGAAGGGACACAGCGAAGAGCAGGAGGAGCGUCUAGACUUGGGGAAACUGGAAGGAACAAACUCUCUGGAGGAGUUGGGCGACUGGGGCAGGAAGAUUAGAAACGAGGAUGCGGCAGGGGCAGGGGCAGGGGCAGGGGCAGGGGCAGGGUCGUGGAGGGAGCAGAUGGGCUGGGGAGAAGACGAGAGCAGUGGCCAAGACUAUGGGGGAUGGAACGGAGAGGAAAACAAAGGAAUCGAGGAAGAAGAUUUGGACAAGUGGGAGGCGAAGUUGGAUGAAGAGGAGGCGGGGGAUGGAGCACUUGUUCCGGCAUGGGAAGGAGGGUUGACGCGGUUGACGGACGAGGAUCUAGCAGCGCUCGAGAAAGAGCUUGAGGUGAGUGAGGAGGACAAGCUUCAAGGUGAAGUGACCGGGUUGAGCAGGAGGGAGGAGGCGCGUGAGGGAGGAGGCGCUGAGCUUGUAAUCUAA